AUGGCUCCAACACGUCCACUACUCUACGUCGCCCUCGGGCUUCUCAUGGUCGUCUCCAUCAUCGAACUCUCCUUCAUCUCUGGCAUGGUUGGUUGGCUACACCGCACCGCGACUGGGACUUUCUCUUUCCAAUGGCAAGGCACAAAAUACCAGAUCAAGGGUGAACCAGCCAACAUCAUCACCGACCAGGGCCACACCAGCAACGGCGCAGCAGGAACAGCAUUCGUCCUCAUCGGCUGCGGAGGCAUCCUCUCUCUCCUCCUCCGCAACAGACAAACCCCCGGAAAAUUCAGCCGCUUCCUCUAUACUACUUGGCUCGUCUUCAAUGUCCUCAGUUUGCUGCUUGUCCUUUCAGCUCUCAUCUACACCUUUGUCGUCACAAACGAGCACAACGGGCAGAGCAUCAUUCCCAGUGUCGCGGCGAAGCUUAAUGCUGGUCAGAAAUACCCUCUCGAGUCGUGGACGCCGCAGAAUUGGUUCUCGGCUCUUUUGGACCUCGAUCUUAGCGACUCGAACGAGAGAAGCGAUAUUGAACAUCACCUGCGACUCAUGAAGGGUUGGCAGUAUAACCUGAUUCCCUUCUUCGUUAUUCACCUCGUCGAGACUGUUCUUGCGCUUUGGGAUGCUAUGCAGCGACGAAACGAGCUUGUGCCGGCUUACGCGCCAGCUAAGCACGACGCCUAUGGGCAUGUCUGA